GCAGGAGGGGAAACACGUUGUUGAACACUUUUAUUGAUUCGAGUCCCAGUGCGUUUCGCGGCAAGAUUGAACUGUAACAAAAGUGCCACAUUUAUAAACUUUUAGCGCUUUAAUUGAAUUAAAACCACGUCUUCAGUUCUCAAGAGGAAGAUUACAGGUUUGCCGCCAUGUGGAUCCAGGUGCGCACUAUGGAUGGCAAGGAGACCCAUCGGGUCGACUCCCUGUCCAAGCUCACCAAGGUGGACGAGCUGCGAGUGAAGAUCGCAGAGCUCUUCAACGUUGAAGCUGAGAGGCAGCGACUCUUUUACAGGGGCAAACAGAUGGAAGAUGGCCACACAAUCUUUGACUAUAAUGUUGGGUUAAACGACAUUGUGCAACUUCUGGUGCGUCAGAAGCUCCCGUCGGCGCCGCUGCCGAAAGACAAAGAGGCCGAGCUGUCUGACUCUGACUCCGGCUGCGGAUCGGCCCAGAGCGAGUCUGAUAAGAGCUCCACGCACGGCGAGAGCGACGGCCAAAGCGCCGGGACAUCGGGCCAGACCGACACGCCGGAUCUCAUCGACCCUGGCUUUGGCUUCUACAAGAUCAAUGAGUUUGUGGACGCUCGAGACUUGAACAUGGGAGCCUGGUUUGAGGCGCAGAUCGUCAACGUGACGAAGUCUUUGAGUGAAGACGGAGGGUCCGAUGGGGAAGAGGAGAUCAUUUACCAUGUCAAAUAUGAAGAUUACCCUGAGAACGACGUGGUGCAGCUGCGCGGGAAAGACGUCCGUCCGAGGGCGCGCACAGUCUACCAGUGGCACCAGCUGGAGAAGGGCAUGAUCGUGAUGGUGAACUACAACCCGGACGAGCCCAAGGAGCGCGGCUACUGGUAUGACGCCGAGAUCCAGAGGAAGAGGGAAACACGCACCCAGCGGGAGGUUUACGGCAAGAUCCUGCUCGGAGAUGCUGGCGAUUCUCUCAACGACUGUCGCAUCAUGUUUGUAACCGAAAUCUACAAGAUCGAGGAGCCAGGAAGUUCGGAGGGUCCAGGAGCCUCUUCCGACAGCCCUCUCAAGAGGUCAAAUGGACCUGAGUGUAAGGUCUGCAAAGACGACCCGAAGAAGAACUGCCGCGUGUGCAACUGUCACGUUUGCGGCGUGAAGCAGGAUCCCGACAAACAGCUGCUGUGCGAUGAAUGCGACAUGGCGUUUCACAUGUACUGCCUGAACCCGCCGCUCACUACCAUCCCUGAGGACGAGGACUGGUAUUGUCCUGAAUGCCGCAACGACGCCAGCGAGGUGGUUCUGGCCGGAGAGAAACUGAAGGAAAGCAAGAAGAAGGCCAAGAUGGCGUCGGCGAGCUCGUCCAGUCAGAGAGACUGGGGGAAGGGAAUGGCGUGUGUCGGCCGCACUAAACAGUGCACCAUCGUUCCCUCCAACCAUUACGGCCCUGUUCCUGGAGUCCCUGUGGGAACACUGUGGAAGUUCAGAGUGCAGGUGAGUGAAUCGGGCGUUCACAGGCCUCACGUCGCUGGGAUUCACGGCAGAAGUAACGACGGCGCUUAUUCUCUGGUUCUCGCUGGGGGCUACGAAGAUGAUGUGGACGACGGUAACGAGUUCACCUACACGGGAUCCGGGGGUCGCGACCUCUCGGGAAACAAGAGGACGGCCGAGCAGUCCUGCGAUCAGAAGCUCACUAACAUGAACAGGGCUCUUGCUCUGAACUGCAACGCAGCAGUGAACGAUAAGGAAGGCGCAGAGGCCAAAGACUGGAAAGCUGGGAAACCCGUGAGAGUCGUGCGCAGCUCCAAGGGACGCAAACACAGCAAGUUCAGUCCCGAAGACGGCAACCGCUACGACGGCAUUUACAAGGUGGUGAAGUAUUGGCCAGAGAAGGGCAAGUCUGGCUUCCUCGUUUGGAGAUACUUGCUGAAACGUAACGAUGAUGAACCUGCACCGUGGACUCGUGACGGGAAAGAGCGCGUCAAGAAACUGGGGCUCACCAUGCAGUAUCCUGAAGGUUAUCUGGAAGCCGUAGCUGCGAAAGAAAAGGAGAAAGAGAACAAGAACGACGAAGACGAGGUUGAAGAAACACCCACCAAGGGCAAGAGGAAGAGGAAAUCCCAGACCGUGGACGAGAAGAGCUCUCCGGCUAAAAACACACCUAAGAAGAUGAAAGUGGAGGCGUACAAACUGAGCAAAGAGCAGAAGGCCUUGAUCAAGGACGACGAGCUCAACAAGAAGCUGUGGGACGAAGCCAUGGAGUCUCUCAACCUGGGACCUCGCUUCAUCAACAAAGUGGAGGAGGUUUUCCUGUGCAUCUGCUGCCAAGAAGUCGUCUAUCAGCCCAUCACCACAGAAUGCCAACACAACGUCUGCAGGGAAUGCCUGCAGCGGUCUUUCAAAGCCGAGGUCUACACCUGUCCAGCCUGCCGACACGACCUGGGCAAAAACUACCAAAUGACGGUGAACAAACCUCUCCAAGGCAUCCUCACUCAGCUCUUCCCUGGAUACAGCAGCGGUCGGUGUUGACGCUGAUGUUUUCGGCACAGUGGUGCGGCGCAACAGAAUUUCACAAACUAAACAUGGAUUUCGUUUUUUUAUAUAUAUUUAACAAUGCAUCAGGUUGUAGGAUUGAUGGAAACGCCUCUGCCUUGAUUGAACACCGCUACUUGAUUUGGCCCUGUUUUGUGAUCUGCCUCUAUCUAGCCACUUGACUUUACGUUGUAGUUAUUUCUUCUGAAUUGCAAUCUCCGUAUUUACGAGUAAAGGGAUUCUAGUCGUGUUUUAGCUAUAGCUGCUUCAAGUGACGUAUCAUUGCCUCCUUGUACCCUACACCAGCACAAUGAACUAUAGCUAUGCACAAUUACGAUGUUCGUUAAUUUUUCUCAGCAAUUUGUCAUUACUAUGAUUUGUAUGAAAACGCUGGCUCUACAAUCCUGUUUAAAAACAUCUUGUUGCUUCCUAAGUGUGUUUGACAUUUUUACUGUACCAUCGUUAGUGCUAACUGAAUUUAAUGAAUGCUAAUAUCGUAUCAACUUUUUUUUUUUUUGCCAUUUGAUGUAAACAAGCUUUCGUACAAAUGCUAUUUAGAAUCGUUGUAUACGGUGCUUUAGGAGUAGCGUUUUUACCAUUGUUAACUAAGAUCUAUGCACUAUUAUGGUGUUUCUUAAUUUUUCACAAACCGUAAAUUGUCCUUAUGAUGAUUUGUCCAAAAGUACUGGCUCUAGAAUCCCAUUAAAACGGUCCCAUUGUGUUGCGAUUUUAGCUAAUGUUUUUUUUGCAAGCAGUAAUUUGACAUUGCAUUGAUUUGUGCGAAAGUGCUGGCUCUAGAGACUUGUUAAAACGAACCAGCGCGUUUGCGCUUUUACUGUACCAUCAUUAUCGUUAACUAAAUAAAAAAAAAAUAGCUCUAUACUAUAUAUAAUGUUUGGAACGCUAAUAUCACAACAAGUUUUUCCACUUAGUACGUUAACAACCUUCGUACGAAUGUUAACGUCCAAGAGUUUAUGGUGCUGUAGCCAUAAUUUUUGACUGUACGAUGGUUAGCGCUAACUAAAUUUCAAAUAAACUAGCUAUGCACUAUGAGGAUGUUUGCGACGUUAUCUCAGCUUUUUUUUGCCAGCAGUUUUUCAUACAAGCCUUCACACAAAUGUUAUUAAGAUCUGUGAGUUUAAGGUGCCGUAGCUUUACUAGCGCACAAACGUUUUUAUGUUUUGGCUUUAUUAAAUCUUUUAUCGUACUGCCGUUAUUGGUAACUAAUAAAACUUAAUCCAAAAAAAAAAUCAUUUUAACCUAUUUA